AUGUCUAUUUCUCCUAUCCUCACGUUCAAGGCAGGGCUCUGUGAGCUUGACACGAGCACCUCACCUCCACGGGCUAAACCUCUUCCCACUCCUGGAUACCUCUACCUCUACACAGAAGAACUCCUCCACUUAUGCUGGCGACCGAGAACCGCUCCGUUGGACCAACCGCAACUGGACUUGCUGAUGCUUCCAACGGACGGGUCGUUCACUCCCUAUCAACCUACCAGCGCAGAAAACCCAUCCAAUCCGAAGACGCCCACGAACGGAAGAAUCUACGUUCUCAAGUUCAGCUCCAGUUCGCAAAGAUACCUUUUCUGGUUGCAAUCCCGCAGUCAGCAUCCACAGGGCGACCCAUCAUGGUUCUCCGCUCGAGAUUUGAAACUAGGCCAAAUCGUGAACAACCUUCUCCAGGGCGAAGAAGUCGAUGUCCAAGAACAAAUGGCCAGUUUGCCCCAGGAUCAAAAUUCCCCAGACGACGAAGGGCCGGAGCCGAUGGAGGAGGUGGAAGGGACGGAUCAUGACCCUAAUCGUCGCCCUUCAGGUGGCCCAGGAGCGGGACCUGAUGCCACAGGCGGGGAUUUUCGCGAAGAAGGUGAAGAGUCUCGCGAGGGCGGGGCAGACGGCGGACGAGCGUCGGCCGCGGGUGGGUUAGAUGCGAGUGCCUUGGUUCGGAGUUUUCUUCAAUCCAUGGAACAACGCAGCCAACGACAAGGACCCCAAGAAAAGCUAUUCACGACCCUCGCAGACCUGCUAACACCGGCAUCAACAAUACCAUUGCUCGAGUCCGCCGACGACAAAUUAUUGAACCGGCUGUUUGAUUGCCUCCCUCAUCAAUUGCCGGAUUUAGUGCAGGCUUCGGUUGACACGUCAGCCUUGACAAAUCCGAACUCGACUCCUGAGGAGAAGGAUGCUGUGGGAGAGGCAUUGACCGAAGCUAAAAAGACCAUGUUGCGGAAAGUUUUGCACUCGCCACAGUUCUCGCAAAGUCUGGCCAGUCUGACGGUUGCACUGAGAGAAGGUGGUCUUCCGAUAAUUAGUGAGACUUUCAAGAUCCCGGUACGUAACGGUGGAUAUCUCAGACAUGGCGGAGUACCCAUGGGCGGUGGCGAGGCUGUGGAGGCUUUCAUGGCGGGAGUGAAACAGGACGUCGAAGACAGAUUGGCGAGAGGAGAUGAGGAUCUGGCAGCGGACCGGAUGGAUGAGGACUAA